AUGGAAAAGAUCUCUAGGAGUUGUAAUUUGGAGAUACAGGCUGUCCCAGAAAACCUCAAUGAGAAUUUAAUAUCGCUAUUAAAAAAAUUAUGUGAAACAAUAAAAGUCCCACUUGAAGACAUCCAGAUACAAGCAUGCAGACGGGUUGCUAAAAUGAAUAGGUCAUCCAAACGGCCGCGUAAUAUUCUAGUUACGGUGUCUAGUCCCCGAUUACGCGACACAAUUUUAUCAUCAUACAUGCGAUAUAAUAAAGCUCAUGCCAAGGAACCUCUUAACUCAUCGCACCUGGAUCUACAAGGUGAAUCCUGUAGGAUAUAUAUGGCGGAGCAUUUCUCUCCUGAAUGUAAAAUUUUACAUCUCAAAACAAGACAAACUGCAUCCGAGAAAAAUUAUAAAUAUGUCUGGGUCAAAUAUGGUCGUAUAUACGUGCGUAAGGAUGAUCAUUCAGGUGCUAUUCUCAUAAAAAACGAAGAUAAUUUGGUACGACUGUAG